CACUCACUCACUCACACACACACACACACACACACUCACUCACUCACACACACCUCACUCUCUCACUACUUUCGAUAGCGGGAGUUCGAGUAAGAAAGCGAUAAAGGGCCGCUGUCAAAGUUUGACGGAUGCCUGGUUCCCAGUAGCAACGGUGAAUUUAAAAAGCCGCUAUCCGGGGAGGAGCUAGUUCGGACCCGCUCUGCCGUCUGCAGCUGCGGGUGAAUGAACGGGUCUGGACCGGCCGGGAAAGCACUGCACCCGGAGCUCGCCCUGCUGAAUCUGCCCCAACUUAACCCCGGUAGUACCGACCAAGAGGAGUCGAGCUGCGCUCCGGUACCCGUGAUUUCUCCCCGCGCCCAGGUCCUAUUUGCUUAAUUUUUAUUGAUCACUUUACUGAUCAGUUGCGGGGAAUGGUUGCAAGAAUGGGUUGAUGGUCGGAACAACGGGGGUGAAGUGCCUGACAUCCCUUCCAACAGUCCCACGCCCUGGUUGUAACAUAAAAUGCAUGUGCCGCACAGCUGAGAUGGGAUCUGAUGGGAGCUCAGAAGUUUCUCUUGCAGCUUCAGCAGGGAAAAUGCAACGCCUUAAGUCGCACACUUUGGAGGGAGAGAUAGCAAGGUGGCUGGAGACAGAGAGGCGUGAAUCCAAGCAUGCAGAGACGAGACUCAGGAAUGGACUUCAUGACUUGGAGGAGGCGAGGUUUUACUGUAUCAACAGAAUGACGAAGGAACAGAGACGUGUCCAGAGAGAUCUUACCACGAUAAAGAAUGGCUAUUCUAAGAAGAAGGUGGUAAGCAGUUUCGGAAGGUUAUGUCCAGAUACUAACACUGCAGUCAAGGAAAGCCCUGACUUCAGCAACAAAGUUUCACUCAUCAAACCACCUGCAAAGGACGGAAGCUUCAUCUUGGCAUCAGAAAGAAUCAGAGCGCAGAACCACUCCCCGGCGAGAGCUGCCAGGUUUGUAAUACCACCCAGCGUCUCUCAUGCUCUGCAGACACAGAUCAACGAGUUCCUCAGUGGGUUCAGUGGUGAACGGGAGAAGCCUGAUAAGCACGCUGCGGCAGAAGAGGUCCAAGCCCUGACACCACCCAAGCUCAAUGCAGAAGUGCGGACUGACAGUGCCACUGCGUCAACCUCGAACCAGCCUGUCACCAAGCCAGCCAUCUCAGUCACGGACAGUGCAGGGGGAAACCAAGCAGCACAGGAAAGCUCCCCCGAUGGGUCUGAGUUCUAUGCUCCGGACGGAUUGCCCAGAACCAUGCACACCAUGCCCAGUUUCCUUGAGGCCUUCGCCGAAGCGAAGAAAGCACGGUACAUUAGACACCGAAACAAACCCGACAAUGAGAAGGAACUGCCGAUCAGUGAGAUCUUCAGAAAAUGCAAUGGGCCCAUCCAACGCGUCACAGAGAAGGAAGCAACAACUGUCAGAGACAACAGCUCCAUGGGAGCAAAUUCAAAUUAAAUGAGUAUUGCAGAAAUGGACUGAACAAUUAGAGAAAAUAGUUGCCACACUUGUUACAUCCACCUUGGAUAACAUUUGCCCCAGAUGGACAGAUUUGACUCCUACCAUUGUGCCAGAGCCAACGUCUCUUGUGCCCUCUGAUACUGGUCCCAACAGAGCUUGUGGGGUUAGUGGGAGGUCACCUUGGGACAGGUAAGCUCACUUCAUACAUAUUGUCCCCAUUUUAUUCCACUGAAGCUGAAAGCUCCAGUGAUAUCAGUUGACAUUCGGGCUGAAACCCUUCAGCAGGACUCACUAAUUAAUCAAGAGUCCUGACGAAGGGUCUCGGCCCAAAAUAUCAACUGUUUACUCCUUUCCAUAGAUGCUGCUUGGCCAGCUGAGUUCCUCCAGCAUUGUGUGCGUGUGCAUGUGUGUCCACCUGUUCAGCUGGUUUCCUCCCGGUCUUUAUGGACAAAAGCAUUCCUCUGAUUUUGAGCUCUAGCAUUUAGAUUAUAUCCCCUAUCUCUGACUGCUGUGUGGUUUCAACCCUAUCAUAGCUUGUUCUCAUUUUAAACAACUCAGAAAACUCUUCCUGGUAUUCAACUGAAAACACAAGAACAGUUUCAUGUAACAAUACUUGCGACAGGAACAAGUGCAAGUUGAUUCAACCAUGUGGAAUCCAUUAUUACAUUCAGAAAGUCAAAAAAGCAAACUUAGCCCAGGGUUAUUCUGCUCUGUACCUUGCUCAAAGACAGUGUACUUUCUUUGAAUAUAUUGCAUGAACCUUCAGCUUUUUAUGGGUUGAGAGGAAAAAAAAUCAUAGUUGACAGUGCAUGUAAAUGUGUUUAAAAACAUAAAGGUGUAACUGAGCACAAAUACACUAAGAUUCUGCUGCACACUUGGCAUAGACUCUGGGUUUCCCAAUGUGUCUCACAGCCCCAUGGGUGGAGGUUGUUUGCUGGAAUAUUAUAUCAGCCUCAGGCGUACUUGCCAGCAGACAGUUAGGCUCAAUUUUCUUUACUGAAUUAUAGAUAUGGGUCAAAAACUGCAGAUGCUGGAAAACUGAAAUGACGGGAAAUGGUGGAAACACUCAAAAAGUCAUUCAGGAAAUUAGUAGGAAACCUGCUACGGAGGCAACACAUUCAUAAAUAGAAUUGGCCCAGAUUUUCUGCAUUGGUCUUUAAUCUGUAACACCCUGCAAUGAAGAGUUGUCGUUUGAGUUACAAACUCCACAAUUUGCUGGACCUUUUGUGCCAUGUCAGUGUCCUCACUUUGAAAGCAGCAACUCCACCUUCAAAAUUCUUUGAACUUCAUGAAGUAGCUGCUUGGCGCAUUCAUUUCCGAUUACUUCAUCACUGAAGGAGCUGGAAUGUGCUAACAAAUUAUUUAAUGCUUCCUGGAUUGCAAGUCAACCUUUCCACCCCAGAAAGCAAACAACUGAAACUAUGGAGUUUCAUUUCUAUGGAACUUGCCAUUUAACUUCUUACUUAAUCUGCAAAGGUAUUCCUUCCUUUACAUCCAAUUUCCUUUUCACACUUCAUUUGGUUUUCUAUUUCCCGGUAGGUGGCCUUUCAGUUGCAGAAAAAAUUAGGAGCAGCACCAUUUUUUUUUGUUGGCAAGGACUCAGCUGAAUCUGAGUUCUAGCCCACUGAUGUUAGUCUGCUGAUCUGCAGCUCCAGUGAUAUCAGUUGCUUCUUGACCUUGGUGCUGUCUGAAUAGAUUUUGCACAUUGUCCUUGUGACUGCUGAGUUAUCCCUGCUUGCUCCGGUCUCCUCCCACAUUCCCAAGACAUACAGGUAAAUUGGCCCUAGAGUGUGGAUAAGUGUUGGAAUCUAAGGCAGGAGUUCCUAACCUUAUUUAUACCAUGGACCCCCACCAUUAACUGAGCAGUCCGUGGGUGCCAGGUGGGGAAGUCGGAUUGGAAUUUGGGGAGGAUAAAUGUGUUAGAGUAGGGUUAGUGAUGAACUGAAAGAACUGUUUCCAAUCGUCUGUAGACUGAUGAUUACUUAUUUAAUUUAGUAGACAGAAAGCCUCAACUAAAAAUCCAUGCCACAGUAUUAAAACAGCUAAAAUAUAUGGAUGUAGUAAUUAAGAGAGUUUGUAUCAGGGCUUUGUAAUUUAUUGCUAAUUUGCCACUUUGAACAGAAGCUUCACAAAGUGAUUACAUUUCCUUUAUCUUACCUCAAAUUAGUUCCUUCUGCCUCUGUUUGGUGAUUGGUGCAGGCUUCAAUGUCAUAGUGGAAAAUGGAUGCUGAACAUUCCUUUAAGUUAUUCUAUUCGGUGUUGGCAAAGUCUUCAAUUAAUUACUGACAAUUGAGGUCUAUCUGAAUUCAGAUCACCAUGUUGUGCAGCUACAAUGAAAUGAGAGGCCCAAGAUCAGAUUCUAACAGAAGUCCCGAUGCAAGACUGUACUGUAGAUUUCAAUAUUUUUGGAUUUUUCUUUUAAACCACUUGCAAUGUGUCAGAAAUUUCCCCAUGCGCUGGUUCUUUUGACACUAUCUUUAAAGGUUUAUUUGUUAAAAAUAACUCUCAGCAGAGCAAUUUGACCAGGGUGGAGUUGCAAUCUCCUUCAACCUGCCAACUGUAUGUAAACACACCCAAGUUAUGAAAAUAAUUUAUUAAAAGGCAAAUUACAAGGAUAAAUUUCAAUUAGCAUGAUUUUAGAAACUUGCUCUGCCAGAUUAUUGUUCAUGAAAUUAAGUUCAAAGUCAUCAGCUCUGAGGUAGAGACAGUGCAAAAGUAACACAGUUUGAAUAAAUAACGUAGUUAAUUUACAGAACCCAUAUAUAUAGAAUUAAUCCACAUCUUGGGAAUAAGUUCACCAAGCUGAGUGAGGAAUUGCAGGCAUCAAGAUAUGUUUGCAACACACACAAGAUGUUGCAGGAAGAUACCUUUGAUACCUUUGUUUAAUUUGAAACGCAUUUAGAAUCAGAAUCAGGUUUAUUAUCACCGGCAUGUGUCGUGAAAUUUGUUAACUUAGCAGCAGCAGUUCAAUGUAAUACAUAUUCAAUACAACUCAUUAGCACGUUUUCACAUGGUGCGACUUACAUUAUAUUCCAUUUUUUAAAUUUUAUUUAGAGAUACAGCGUAAAGCAGGUCCUUUCAACCCAACGAGUCUGUGGCAUCCGAAUGCAUCCACCCUACCAAUUUACCUAUUAGCCCAUACAUCUUUAGACUGUGGGAGGAAACCAGAGCCCGCAGAGGAAACCCUCAUGAUCACAAGGAGAACAUACAAACUCCUUAUAGACGGCAUCGGAAUCGAGCCCAGGUCACUGGCACUGUAAUACUGCUACUCUGACCACUAUGCUACUGUGCUGCUCCAAACUGGUUGAACUAGUUAAACUAUUCACAACAUUUUGCUAAAACCCUUUAAAAAAUUAAUGGGUGUAAAAAAGAUGGGCUGUACGGUAUUUUUUUAGGAUGGUCUCCGACCAAUCGCAAAGUGUUUUACAAUCAAAGAGGAGGAGUCACUAUACUAAAGUUAGGAAAUAUAGAAGCCAUUUGAUGUAUAGUAAGUUUUCAUAUACGACGGUGAAUUAAACAAACAGAAAUUUAUUGUUAUUGUUAUGCUCGCUGUGGGACAAAUAUUGACUGUGACACCAGGAAGAACUCUCCUUGAAACUACUGUCAUCAGAUUUUUAUAUCAAUCUAAGUUCUUUUAUAUCCAGUGGAGAUUUUAUGCUCCAUGUUACAGAAGUGGGACAUGAACUAUCUAGCCAGAGAUGAGAUUCCUGUCAUUCAAUAACCUUUGGCUUUGCCAGUGAUGUCCAUCGCCAACUGGCAUGGAGUGGCACUGGUACUCACCACCAUAAGGGUGAUCCGAGAUUUAGACCUGCUAGCCAAGAGCAGCAACCAGGUAUUUCCAAGUCCAUCAGGUAUACAGCUUGGAGGGGAACUUCCAAGUGAUACUUUGCUGUGAACGUCACAAAUGAGUCACAGUUAGUAAAUUAGAUUGUAUUAGAAUCCCAAAUCCUUUCAUUCUGUAUAAAAUUGCACAGUAAGUCAUUAUGAAAAGCACUAGUAGCUCAGAAUAUGCAUUGUCCAUUUCCUAAGACCUUAUCAUUAAAAACGGGACACUCACUUGACCUUCUCCUCGUCAGCUGUCAGUAUUUGAAGCAAAUGCAAUAUAACUUCAGCUUAUUCAACUUGGCCUUUCAGAUUAGUUCAUUCACUGCAAUUGCUACUCGGAAUAGAACUAGUCUGUAGUUCUUGUGACAAUGGUGAAGUAGAUUGCCUUGAAUUUUAUAUUUUAUCUCUUUCUAUUUCAAUGAAAAUUAUACCAAUUAAUCAUCAAGGAUUUUACAGUUUUUUGCCGAACACUGCAGUUAUUGAUUGCAGACGUGCAACUAGAAAUCCAUGGGGAAAGACUUUAGCUUGAAAUUAGAUAGAAUUUUGUCUUUGGCCACAAACUUUGCAGAAACGGCUCUGGGCCCAAAACUUUGGUUGAAUAUUUACUUUGAAUCAGACUGUGCCACAGAAAGGACAGUGUAGCUAGUGGCACAGUCUGAUGACUGAUGGCUGAAAGUUGAGAGACUAUUAAAGCACAAAUGGGUUUAAAGGAGGUGCUGUUGUGAGCUGACAGAAACCAAACUGACCUGGAGUCUUGCUGCCAUCUAAAGAUACAUCCUGGGCUCCAGUCAGGCUGAGCGCACCAUUGCAGAUAAAACACUACAGAAGUCUUCUUAAAAGAUACUUGCAAAAGAUAAAGCUUCUGCUUGGUAUCAAUCAAUAUUCACAUAUGGAAUGGAGAUAUAAGAGACUGCAGAUGCUGGAAUAUGGAGCAGUAGAUGAGUUGCUGGAGGAACUCAGUAGGUCGGGCAGUAUCCGUGAAGGGAAAUAGAUGGUUGAAGUUUCUUGUCAAACCUUUAAUCUGGACUGGUUUUAGCAGACCAGAUGAAGCAUUUCAACCAGGAACAAUGAUCGCACGACUGCUGUCAAGUUGUUGUUCUGACUUGUUCGAGUACUAGUACUCCUCUUCCUUCAUUAUAAGUCACUGAAUUAAUAUGGCCAUGGUCAACACUGCCCUUAACAUUAGAUCUGCUUCAGUGUCAAGGGCAGAGAUGAUCGUGGUCAUAUUAAUUCAGCACAGUAUCAUGGAGGGGGAGGGGAUGAUGAAGGGGCUCAGAGCCAUGGUGAUGGAGUCUGCUAAUGGUUCAGUCAUUGCAUUACGAGAGUGGUACCCCCGAUGCCAGAAUAACAAUGGUGAGUUCAUUCAGCUUCACACAUUUAGUAAAUUCACAUUAAUAAUCUGGAAAAUUUAAGAAACAGCUAAUCUUAAAAACUAUUAGAUUAUCAUAAAAUUCCACUCAAUGCAUUCAUAGUCCUCAAAGGCGAAUAUCUAGCAUCCUUACCUGGCUCAUUAUAUCUGUGAUCUGAAAUGACCCACAGAAAUAUAAUUGAUUCCUGUUUGUGAUCUGAAAUGACCCACAAAGACGCUGUCAAGAACAUGUAGGGAUGUGCAAUAAACGCUGGCCUUGCUGAUGAUUCCCAGACCCCGAAAAAUAAUGAGAAAGAAAUAUUUCAAUAAUAUUACAACACAAAGGAUCUCAAAAGUUUCCAGCACAAAUAACAACUUAUGUUAACCAUGCUACAUAUUAUUUGCAAAUUAUUAAAAGGACCACCAAAUUUUUACCAGUUCGGUGAAAAUCUUGGCUUAAUGGUUCCCAUUUAUUUAGCACGUUUAGCGCAGUGAAACACAACACUCCUUUCACAGAGACUGUUUGGUGAAGACUUAAAUUUAGGGCAUUUUUUACGCUUGCAGAUGAUGAAUUACUUUUAUCACAGUUAAAAUGCCAAUGUACUUAAGCAAGUUGGAACAGCAAUCAAAUAAUCAGGUAAGCAUGCUGCUCUUUGACUCAGUAUCAUGGAAAUUUAAACAUCCUUGUGAAAAGGCAAGGCAUCAGAUUAAGAGACAUGAAGGAGGGGAAAAGUAAGCUGACUGUUGAGGCUUUUCAAGGCAAAGAGAGGAGCUCCAUUUAAGAGGAAUAGACAGCCCAAGUUCCAGAGUGUGAAGCUGAGGUGACUGAAGGUAUAAAAGUAUGAAGGAGUAAACUAGAUGUUCAAAACCAGCACAGCAGUGAACACAGUUCACAAGGUGCAGUUCUGCUCUGCAUCAGUGAAGCUUAAUCAUUCUUUGCCCAUGUCACUUCAGAUAAGAAAGAAAAUCAAACAUUUAAUUCCUGCUUUGAUUUUCUUUCUUAUGAAAUGUACAUUUUCCUUCCAUCACAGAAGUGAUUUGGAACAACAUUUAAGUUCAAGUUAAUUAGCCACUCUAAUGUUAUUAACCAGAAAUAUAAUGUUGUAAUGAAUAACAAUAAGUGUUGGAAACACUCUGCAAGUUAGGCAGCAUGUGUGGAAAGGCAAACAUAGUUAUCAAUUUGACUUUUUAUCAGUUUAUCAGUUUGAAAGUUUGACUUUGUUUCUCUCCACGGAUACUGCGUGACCCAUUGAGUAUUUUCAGCAUUUUCUGUUUUACUUUAUUUCCCACAUGUGCAGUUUUUUUGUAUUUUUGCAAAGACUGUGGCACAUAAAAAGAAUAAAGAGCGAGGAGUAUAAAAGUAAAGGAUGAGGUAAUACUGGGUCUCAAAGAACAUUAUGUUAGAUAAAUCCCCAGGUCCUACUGGGAUAUACCCCAGAUUAUUGAAAGAAGAAAGAGAAGAGAUUGCUGCAGCCUUGAUCAAUAUCUUCAUAUCCUCUCUAGCCACAUGUGAAGUCCUGGAGGACUGAUGAGUAGCUGAAGUUUUUCCAUUAUUCAAGAAGAGAAGCAGGGAUAAUCCUGGAAACUACAGACCUGUAAGUCUCAUGUCAGUGGUAGGGAAGUUACUGGAAAGAAUUCUUAGGAAUAGGACUUUUAAGCAUUUGGGAAAACCACUCCCUAAUUAGGGAUAACCAGCAUGGCGUUGUGCAGGACAAGUCGAGUCUUACUAACUUGAUUGAGUUUUUGAUGUGACGAGGGUGAUUGAGGAAGGUAGAGCUGUGGAUGUUGUCUACAUGGAUUUUAGUAAGGCAUUCGUAAGGACCCUCUAUGAGGCUCAUCCAGAAGAUUAAGAUGCAUGGGAUCCAUGGAUCCAUGGCUGUUUGGACUCAGAACUGGCUUACCCAUAGAAGAUAGAUGGUAGUGGUUAAAGGGAUUUAUUCUAGCUGGAUGUCUGGGAUUAGUGGCAUUCCACAGGGAGCUCUGCUGUUUGUGAUCUUCCUCAAUGACCUGAAUGAAAAUGUAGAUGGAUGGGUUAGUAAGUUUGCAGCUGAUAUGAAGUUUGGUGGUGUUGUGGAUUGCACAGAAGACUGGCAAAGAAUACAGCGGAAUAGAGAUCAGUUGCAGAUAUGGGUGGAGAAAUGGUAAAUGGAGUUUAAUCCAGACAAAUGAGAGGUUUCGUACCUUGGUGGGUCAAACAUAAGGAGACAGUACACCUUUUGGGGCAGGCCCUUAAUAGUAUUGAUGAGCAGAAGGAUGUUGAGGACUUGGAGAGGGUGCAGAGGAGGUUUACCAGGAUGCUGCCUGGAUCAGCUGAGGGGAGGUCUGAUAGGGGCUAAUAAAAUUAUGAGAGGCAUAGAUAGAGCAGACAGAUAGUAUUUUUUCCCAGGUUUGAAAUAUCUAAUACCAGGGGGCAUGUGUUUAAGCCAAGGGGGGCAAGUUCAAAGGGGAUGUGAGGGGCAAGUUUUUUGCACAAGCAUGUGGAUGCCUGGAAUGCACUGCCUGGGAUGGUGGGAGAGGAAAAUAAGUUAGGGACUUUUAAGAGACACAUGGCACAUGAAUAUGAGGAAAAUGGAGGGAUGUGCACAUUGUGUUGGCAGAAAGGAUUAGUUUAGUUGCCAUUGAGUACUAAUUGAAUUGAUUCAGCACAGCAUUGUGGGCUGAAGGGCGUGUUCCUGUGCUGUACCCUUCCACAGUGUGUCCUGUGUUCUAUAGGAGUGUUGGGUGUGAUCCAGAGGUUGAUCAGUCACAUUCUGGCAAUCCCACUAACAGCUGCUGUGCAACACGUGACCUCAGCAAGCCAUGCCCAAUCCAAAUCUAAUUUAGAGUUUUUUCUUACAUGUUGAUUCUUGCUGAAGCUCAAAAUCAAGCGGCUUUAUUGUUGUGUGGAAUUUCGAUAUUCAUUCAGGGUGGUGAUUUCAUUCCAUGCUUUUUUCCUGCAAGGACUUGUACGUGCAACCCCACAUGUUAAGUGGAGGCCUGGAGAAGAAUUGGGUCUUUCUUUGUGGAUGGGGAAGUCUGCGUUGUGCAGACAGACAUGAAUGUAUUAAAAUCUGUGAAUUAUUGAUAACAUGGUAUAGCAUAUUUCGCUGUCAUCUUCACACUCUCUCCCCACCACCACUAUACCUGAUUUCAAACAUCCUGAAGUCUGCUCUGAAAGCAGUGUUACAACAGGAGGAGGAAAUCAUAACCGAAGGGGAUUCACAGUAUAACUUCCAUGAGAUUAAAUACACAAGUGAUGUUACUAUAGAUAUUACUAAUUGAUAAAAUGUAGCUUUGAAUAUUUUUCCUUAAUUUAUCAUUAAUGUUAAUGAAAAUAUCUGAAAAAAAUAGACAUGGCAAUGCCUUUAGUUGAAUAUAUAAACCUUCAUUGAGUGAAUUUAGUCAGUCCCUAUUACAGGUCCAGGACAAAGAGCACUUACCAUAAGAAGCUUUCAAAACAAUUGCCAAAUGUCAAGUAUGUAACUCUUCAGAUAAUAACACCAAAAGUAAUGUAUGCAUUAAAUUGCAGCAGGAGAACUACAUUCAGUUUUUUACAACAGGCCCCGGAGAGGAUGUCUAUGUAGUAGAGAGCCAUCUAAAACAAUGCACACUAGCAUCUUGCUUGCCAAUCAGCUCCGAUUUGUCAUAGUGCUCAAGUCUUCCAGUUGGAGCAGUCAGAGGUGCUACCUGACUGUACUUCCAAAGUUAAAGACAUUUGUUGAAGCAGAAAGGUGUUUGCCUUCUCCAUCUUUGUGUUCUGCAGUGACGGGGAUCUGACAUGAAAAGCAACCCUCUCCUGGUGCUUACCAUAGCAAUGAGUUCAGUCCAGUGUGAAGAGGCUGACUUCCUGAGAGGGCUGAUGUGGUCGGGCCAGGGCAAACAGUGCAGGCACUCGGCACCAAGGUGCAGGGUUUAGGACAGAGCCUAUGAGUUCACACCCUUGCUAGGGGUGGUGCAUGUCCCGUAACCUACAGUCCUUCAUCUCCUCCCAGAGGAUGCUGUAAGAGCUGCUGGCUCACCGUGUCUUUUUGCUUAGUAGCAGCAUAAUGGAGAUUUCAUCAUGGUAACAAGGUCAAGGGUUUUGUUACCAUGUGGUUUAUGAGGACAUGAUUCACUAAUGGUAUACCGAAGCAGUAUGAAGGGCAGAACGUCCACUGAAUACUAAUAUUAGUUUUUCAAGGUUAAUGCUCUAACGACCUUUUUUAGUACUGACUCCAUUAGUGGUUGUGUGCUUUAGGAAUCCGUCCCAUGAGUUGUGAAAGAUACAUGUAGAAUCUUUUAAUGUACUUUAAAACAGAGUUAUACAAACCAUCAGAAAGGACAUUUGUAAUCUCUCUAGUAUUCUAUAUUUGCCUGAUCUCAUUUCAUCAUACUCUGUCGCAAAUAAUGUGCUCAUUUUAUUUUACCAUUAUGACUGGAAGGUAAUAUUUUAAUUUUAAUGUGUGCUAUUGGGCUAAUAUGAAUAUGCUGAGUCUAUAAAAUAAAAAUGGAAAAAAAUCUCAUCUUUUUCUGUUGGGGAAAUGGAGACGAAUCCAGCAUAAUUCUACUUCUUAAAGUUUCUUUAAUUAAUUAUAGAACAAAACAUGAUAUCGGCUUCUUGUCACCACAAGGUAGAAUGUAUUGAAUAAAAUAUGGCGUGCAAAUGUGUAA